AUGGCCACAUACGGCUGGAAGCUUGAAAACUACAAAAGUUCUCCUGGUUACAAUGGAAUAGUGACAGGUGCAAACAAUUCACCUCUAACCGUCACCCUUACAAACAAUGCCAAAAACUACAACUGCACCGGCGUCGAGGUCAAUCUUAGCUACGACUAUCCGUCAUCGUCGCUAUACGCCAAUGUCAGUACGACUGACCUUUCAACCUACGAUGAGGUCAUUAUUGAAUACGACAUCUUUGUGAAAUCAGCUACGGUGGAAAAAUCGGACUGUAGCUGCUUGCAGGAUGGAAAAGCAACUUGCCCGAGUUGGUGGAAAACUCAAUUUACGACCGACAUAUUGUUUUACCAAGGCAAAAACAACCCACAGGAUUUUAACGUGAUUUCUAUUCGGCAUUUUGACCCUCAAAAAAACGGAAAGACAUACUUCAACGCGGCUGGUGGUCAUCGGUAUCAAUACAGCGACAACUUGGUGGCUCCAACGCCGGGCACCAAACAACAUGUUAAAUUAGAUGCGAAGCAUCUGAUUGCUUCCUAUAGCAGCGAGCUAUGCCAAGGUGGAACACUAAACGGGCCAAUAUAUCUUCGCAGCAUCCAGUUUGUAUCGAUUGCGACCGGUGGCAACAUGGAGGUUGAGCUUACAAACGUCAAGGCCAACGCUUUCAAGUACAAACCAGGAACAUUUACAUCAUCAUCAGUAUCCGCCGGCUGUACGCCAACCAACUGCGCAAUACAUCCAACGAAUACAAAAUUUGCGUGUGCCUCAUAG